AAUAGCGGAAGUGCACGCCGACUGAGGUCCGUAGAGGUUCCGCGAUGGUGGGCGGCGGCGGCGGCGGGGUUGGGGGCGGCCUCCUGGAAAACGCUAACCCUCUCAUCUACGAGCGCUCUGGGGAGCGGCCGGUGACGGAGGGCGAGGAGGACGAGCAGGUUCCAGACAGCAUCGAUGCGCGCGAGAUCUUCGAUCUGAUUCGCUCCAUCAAUGACCCGGAGCAUCCACUGACGCUAGAAGAAUUGAACGUAGUAGAGCAAGUCCGGGUUCAGGUGAGCGACCCUGAGAGCACAGUGGCUGUGGCCUUCACACCCACCAUUCCUCACUGCAGCAUGGCCACCCUUAUUGGUCUGUCCAUCAAAGUCAAGCUUUUGCGAUCCCUUCCCCAGCGUUUCAAGAUGGAUGUGCACAUUACACCAGGGACCCACGCCUCAGAGCAUGCAGUGAACAAGCAGCUUGCAGAUAAGGAGCGGGUGGCAGCCGCUCUGGAGAACACUCAUCUGCUGGAGGUUGUGAACCAGUGCCUUUCGGCCCGCUCCUGAGCCCUGGCUCUUUGCCCCCAGCCCCACCCAUGGCUCAUGGCCUUGUUUUCUGGAAUCACUGACAAUGAGAAACAUUUUGCAUUUUGUAAUAAACCCUUAAUUUAUAUUCAUUUC